AUGGGAAGCAGUCUAGCUGCGUCGAACACCAGCCCAUCUGCUGCUGAAGAAGUGCUUUCAAAAUGCAAGAUCCCUGCAAGAGUUACCACAGAAGAAGAGGAGAAGGCGCCCCCUCGUGAGAAAAGUUCAGAAAGCGAUGCAAAACAAGCUUUACGUAAGGUAACAGAGAAACAAAAGGUAGACGAUCCUUUGGAGAGCAGUGGAAUUUCAGGGACGAAACUGGACUCAGCUCAUGAAACACUUCUUAAGAAUGAAAACAGAGAAGCUAGUUUGGAUAAUAAGGGUUCUGUAGCUGCAUCUAAGGGUUCUGUAGGUACAUCAAAGGAUUUCAAGGAGGCACACAUUGAGGAAUCUUUAGGGGUAAAACAGGACGCUAUAGUGAUAGAAAAUGAGAAGAGUUUGACAGUACAGGAAUGCCCUGAGCAAACUAAGUCUAUUCAUAAACAUGAUGAUGAAAUUUGUUCAGAAAAAGACGAAAGUCCAGUCAAGCGUGAUCUAGCCUGCCAAGAUGAUGCUGGUACUUCUAAAUAUGUGAGUGAAACAGAAGAAACAACUGAGCAUGCUCAGAAAUCUACAGAUGACGCAACAAAGAGCAAACCACAUGCGCCAGGAGUCGACUCGUUCAAAGCAAAAAGGCUUCGUUUGGAUCAAAUCACCGGGAAGCUUUCGAUUCAAAGACAAACUCAGAUCACAGCGAAACGUGAGGUCAUUAAACAAAAACUAGAUCAUCUCAAAUCAGAAGAGAUCACCAAAAGUUCACGUGUGUCCCCGCAAAGUUAUCAACAGAUGUCCCCCAAUCCCCCACCAUACCACUGUGUUUCAGCGCCCACCCCUCGUAUGCCCCCACAAUAUGUGGAGCGGUACCCUGCCCCAACGCUUCUUACCUAUGGUGCACCUACUCAAUGCACUGGUCCAUGUUGUACAUACCCCCCUGGAAAUUCAUACCCUCCUGUCAGUUCAUGUGGAUAUCAUCUGAGUCCAGGGGGGUUGCCUCGUGAAACCUAUGUGGUGUAUGGUCCAGGGGCGCAGACGUAUCAUCCCGUUAUUGCUCCAACAAUCACCUCUGCCCCAUGUAAGUAAAAUGUUGUUUUCACAAGUUAUCUGGCUCUUUGUGAUAGCCAUUGAACUAUAUAAGUCAGUGGCGGAAAUCUUGGUGGGGCGGGAGGGCGACCGCCCCCCCCCCCCACCCCCACCUUCACGGAAAAUUGACGAAUUUUCGGAAAUUUUGACCUAAAAGAGGGCAAAUUCUGACCUAAAAGACGGCUAAAAACAGUCGUUUCGAGUGCAAAUGGGGGUUUUCUAGGAAAUUUGAAAGUUUUGUCGGAAGCUUUGCCCCUACUGGGUUGACGUCCGGCAAUAGCUCUUCAAUUUGCACCAUCUUUGGCUUCACUUUUUGGACUCGAGGAAAAAACUAACUAGGAAAAUCAAUGAAACAAUAGAAGCAUAAUUCAAUGUUAAUUUUUUAACAUUUGUACUGUUAAAAAUAUUGAGUUUACUUAUCUUGAAUUAUGCUUAAUUGAUUUUCCUAGUUGUUUUUUCAAUUAAAAGGUUGUAGUGCACCAUAAAAACCAUCGUUCAAAAAGCUGAACUGCGCCUUGAAUGUAUUCCUCUAGGUAGCUGUUGCUUCCCUAGCCUUCCCACGGCUGUUCUUCACGAUUCUGGACAUCAAAGUGCUCAUUCGUUGGUUCGUCUGAUGCAAGUAGAACAACGCUCUCUUCCUGGUCCUGUCGUGUACACACAGACCGCAGACCCUAGAGGUCUAUCUCCCAGGGGAAUUUCUCCCAAGGGUAUUUCACCCGAUGGCCGAAAGAUGGCUCGUACUCAUAUGUCGAAGAAAGCGGAGCAGGAGCCUGGGAUCAAGCACAGUGCUCGGCAGGAUAAAAUGAGCAUUGAGGGGAAACAUGGGAUAAGGUAAUAAAAGUGGUUAGUGUAUCUCUGUGACAUUGUGGCAAUGGUUUAAUAUACAGUUGUCUCAUUAUAAUUUCAUCUCAGUCACAUGUGAGAAAAGUACUUUCAGUUUGACUCUACCUAACACUCCAGGUUUCUUCUGAGUACUUCAGUUUCCUCCUGUAGUAGCACUAGAUCGAUAAGGAAUGGAUUAUUCCUGCAAUAUUUUUAAUUUUGGUCUAGGCAAGAAAUACGAAAUCCAUCACCACAGCCAGAAAGAGCAUGUUACAAUUAGUAAAAUUGCGAAAUGUUGUAAAAUGAGGAAAGUAUAGCCCUGCGAAAUUUUCAAAUUUUGUAUUAAUUUGUAUUACGCGUGGAAAAUACACCACUUUCGGCCCAAAUGUGGUGCAUUUUCCCGCGGGUAAUACAAAUUACUACAAAAUUUGCAAAUUUCGCAGGGUUAUAUUUUCCGUAUUUUACAACAUUUCGCGGCCAAACUUUGCAAUUUUACUAAUUUUAACAUGCUCUUUCUAGCUGUGGUGAUGGAUUUUGUUCUUCUUGCCUAGAUCAAAAUGUAGUCUGGAGAACAGUUACCUCGUUUCCAGGCUUUCUCCUGUAAUUUUCAUCAAACAAUUUGCAUCAACUACUGUCACAUUUUACUGCAAAUAUGAGUCAGUUCCAUCAAACAUUUCUUACAAAUCCAUCAAAAUUCUUAGAAUUAUUUCUAAUAUUGAUAGCGCAAUAUAUAGUAUUACUAUAUGAUACGAAAUAGAUGAUACACAACAUGUUCAAGUCAUUGUGUUAAAAUGUAAUAGUAGAAAACAAACAACCAAAUAAAUACUUUCGACAUUUGAUUGACUGAGUAUCUACUGGUUUUCAAUAUUUUGAAAGAUAUCCAUUUCAGAGAAAAGUACAAAUUGAUUUGCCGUCUCUGAUUUGCAGUAAAAUGUGACAGUAGUUGAUGCAAAUGGGUAAUGUUUGAUGAAAAUGAACAACGAAUAUAAAGGUACAGUGAAUGCGAUGGGAAACAAUGAUGCAGUGAUCUCAACAUCUAUUUAGGGGAAUUAAAAACGGAUCAAUUGACUUUAUCGCCCGCUAUAUGCAUUGGAUGGCGGAUCAUCAAAUUGCAAUUUGAAUAUACGCCCUCGUGCACCCUUUCAAAGUGUAAAAAGCAGUCAGAAGUAUCGGAAAUUUCGAAAUUUUUGCUUUUUGUCAAAACGCUAUACUAAAUUUCGUUUUUAAAUAGCGCAUUGGUAUUACAAACGGGAAAUUGAUAAUCAGAUGAUCAAACUGAUUAUCAAUUUCCCAUUUGUAGACAUUUGUAAUACAAAAUGACUGAAAAACUGCAAAUUUCGCAAGGCUAUAUUAUCCGCAUUUUACAACAUUUCGCAACGAAACUUCGGAAUAUUACUAAUUUUGUGAUGCUCUUUCAAGCUGUGAUGAAAUUGUUGCCCAGACUAGUCUAGAUCAAAAUUUCAAUUAAAAGGGGAAAGGUUAAAGGGGAAGUCAAGUCCGUUCUGCGCAUCGGUUCUGCGCAUAACAAUAGAGGGCCCCCAAAUUUUGAAUGUUUCGAAUUUUUCUGAACACAAACUCUAUUUCAUAUUCAUGUAGAAGCAUAACGAACCAAAAUGGUGUUAGAUAUUCAGACAGUACAUCAUAUUUUAAAAAAUACAGCAGUUCAAAAUGUAAACAAACCGUUUGUUUACAUUACGGACUUGACUUCCCCUUUAAUUCUCGCCCACAGCAGGUUUCGUCGUCGGUCACCCGCAGUCAAAACGCUGACAUCUAAUAAAAUUUGCAUAAAAAAUUAUACAUUCUGAGUUUGCUUCGAAUACGAGAGCAAAGCAAGAGCACAGGCACAGCAAAAGUUCACAAAUGUUCAAACUACAAUAGCGACGUCAGAGUAAAACCUGUGAAUGUGAAAACUGAUAUCUAAAGGUAAAGCGAAAUUUGUAGCAAAUAAGCGAAUAUAUGUCGUAGCAUUGAUGUGAACGAGCCAACAUAAGAUAGACAACACAACGUAUGUUGUAGAGAUCGUAUUAUUGCUUCUAAAUUCGUCGACGUUUUCUAGUGAUGUACGUACCUUGUGGCAACAACACUUUUGAGGUGUUUCCUGCGAUAUUUGUAGCGGGCAGUUAAUUAAAUGGAUCAAAUUAAAGACGAAAUAAAAAACGCUUUAGAGCGUGUUGGUUAUACGUACGAAGUGCAUCUUGCUAGAGGAUCCUUUGGUCAAGUUUUUCAAGUCAGACAGUCUACGGACGGCUAUAGAUACGCUGUAAAAAUGAUCCCAAUUCAACACGGCUAUAAUGCAAAAUACAACAAACGAGAACUUGAACUGAUUACUGAGGAAAAACUAUCGCAACCAAACAUUGUUAAAUAUUAUCGUGUUUGGCCUAUGACUAUUGAUAAAAAUGCAUUUCUUUGUAUUCAAAUGGAGCUAUGUAGCGCUGCCUUGGAAGGGUUUGUCUAUAACAACAAAAUGGGUGGCGUAGAAAUUAUCAAAACUCAAGGUCCACCGCGCUUUUAUCAACAAGUUUUUCCUCAAAUAUUAAAUGGACUGGAUGCUAUGCACUCAAUUGGCUGGGUACAUCGCGACAUUCAUGUCGGCAAUAUUUUGGUUGCAAAUCCGAAUCCACGUGAAAUAAGUGAAAUUAUUGUUAAGAUUGCUGAUUUUGGUUUGGCAAGAAAAAUAAAGCCAGAAUUUGACACUUUUACAUCCCUAUCUGCUUUCCCACUGGGUACAGGACUAUUCACAGCGCCAGAGCUUUCCAGCGAAAAUUAUGAUAGCAAAGUGGACAUAUACAGUGCAGGUAUUGUGUUGUAUUUCCUAAGUCGUUACCUGGAAGAUAAAACGCGAUGGAGGGCAGAAAUUGUCGAACUACGCAAGGGAAAUCGUGAUGUGGAGCAUUUGUAUUAUCAAGACGACAUCAAGUUGUCCAAUUUAUUUUUACGUCUCCUGAAAGACGAUCCCAAAGAACGGCCAACCGCUAUAGAAGCUUUGGAAUUCUGGCUAUCCCAGGGUGUGCCAAAAGCGGAUUUUCUUGUACAGAAAUUCGGAGGGCGUUUUUGGAAACGUUGCUCUUUGGAAAAUCCUACGUUAGCUACUUUAAAGACAGCUAUAGAAAGAUGCACAGAAGUCAAUGCUGAGACUCAAGUCAUUUGGAAGAAGAAAAUUAUUGGAGAUGCAGAGCAACUGAUUAGGAUAGAAUCUGAUCAAGAUGUUCAUGAUAUGUUUCAGGAGGCUGAACCAGAAAAAGCAAGGAGCCUGAUUGUUGUGUCAGAAAUGGAGAAUAUGGACAAAAUGGACGUGAAUACUAUUGACAUUCUUUAACGUAGUUAACAUUUUCCACGUUUUGCAUUUUAACUAAGAACACGUUUUGAUGGACUCUGUGUUCAUUGCUAUAUAUCGUUACGAGUACGGGGCAUACUCCCAAAAAUAUUCCAAAUAUUCCAAUGCUCCAAAAAUGGUAAAAUCCUGUAUUCUUGAACGUAUAUAAUAUAUUAACAAAAUUAAUUAAAAUACCCUUGAAAAAGUCAGCCCUAUAGGCUAUAUAAAACAUCAGCCCUGAUAAAAAAUCAGCCCUAUAGAGUAUAGGCUAUAUAUCUUUCUACAUGUAUAUAAACUUAUUUAAAAAUGUAGGCAUUGCAACUUUAGUCUGGGUGGACCUUUUUGUAGUAUUUAAGUCAUCAAUAUAACUUACGGAAACCACUGAGUAUUUUAAUAAAAUAAUAAAUCUGAAAUCUUUAACCACAUCACAUUAUGCGAUCAUUUUCAACAUCAUUAAAUCUAUUUUAGAACUAUUUCUUAACAACGAAGUUCACUCAACUCCCACAUUUAUAUUACCAGAAUAUAUAUUUAAUAACUUUCGAAUCAUUGACAGAUCUGACCAUUGGUCCUUAUUACAUUUAGCAAAACAAUAUAUAUCGACUUCAAAGCCACAGUAAGCCAUAGCAUCCCUGAUGUUUGAAGCUGAUCCGUUUUCAACAGCCUUGGAAACCAUUUCAUUAUUUUGAGACUGUGACCUUGUUUUUUUAAUCGCACCAAGUGAUCCAUUAGCAAAACAUUGUGUGUUGACUUCAAAGCCACAGUAAGCCAUAGCAUUCCUGAUGUUUAAAGCUAAUAAGUUUUCUGUUGCCUUGGAAAAUGUGUUUUAAACUAACAAACAAAACUUAACUAAACACUCGCUCUCGACUUCUACGAGACGAUAGUUGAUUCAAGCUUCUCCCUCACAAUUAUAAUUUCAAAAAAAUUUUAAGCUCGUAAUCUAAUUGUCAAAUAUUUGGUUAACGUUUUUGAAUCAAUAUGAAGUCAAUGUGUUGCCUUGAAGUAAAAAGAUUUUUACCCCUGGCAAUACCGAAUAAAGCAUUAAAAAUGUCAGCGUCAUUUUGAAUGCUUGAAUUGUAAGAGUUAUAAAAUAAAAACUCGCUAGGUGAUAAUACAUAAAUGAGGCAGUUGUGGUUCGUUCAGUGUUACCACUCUAACAGUUGGUUUCUUGCGACAAAAAAAGUUCUGUAGUGGGAACACUAACAUUAAAAUCCAAAGCGGUUCACGUUUUUUUAUCAGACCUCUGUGCUGGGAAACAAACUAUAUACGUAAGUACGUUUGUUGCGUAUUAAAUUCUUUUUAUUAGUGUUAUAUUUUAAUUUGUGAUUGAUAGUCUGGUUCUCAACUCUAUACUAUAGCUAAAACGUUCGGCAUCAUGGAACAUAUAAAGAAGGAGGAUUUACAACCAGUUCUCAACAACCAUGGUUAUGAAUGUGAAGAUUUUCUGGGUCGUGGAAGUUACGGUAAAGUGUUUCGAGUUUCUCAAGGCACUGGUCCUAAUCCUCAAAAAUUCGCAAUGAAAUUUCUUGAUACUGUUAAACGCGACGAACAUGACCCACAAAAAUAUAACAAGCGAGAACUUGACUUACUCCAAGAAAUUCGUAUAUCGAAACCAAACGUUGUCGAGUAUCACGAAAACUGGAAUUUGACCGUCUGUGGAAUUGAAAUUCUGUGUAUUAGAAUGGAGCUAUGCUGGUGUAGCUUAGAAGAGUUCAUCUAUAACAACGAUAUGGGUGGCGCUGCAAUUAUAAAAGCUCGAGACCAACCACGGCUUUACCAACAGGUUUUUCCUCAAAUUUUAAAAGGCCUACAAGCUAUCCACUCAAUUGGCUGGGUGCAUCGCGACAUUCAUUAUCAAAAUAUUCUUGUAGCCAUGCCCGAGCCAACUAAAAUAAGUGAAAUCAAAAUUAAGAUUGCUGACUUUGGUCUUGCUCGGGAAAUUGAAUCGACAUCACAAAAACAAACGCUCACCCCAUAUCCUAAUGGAGGCCUACUCGCUGCGCCGGAGCUGGCAACCAAAUGUUAUGAUAAAAAAGUUGAUUUAUACAGCGCAGGAAUUGUGUUGUAUUUUCUUAGCCGUUACCUUGAAGACCGGUUCCAAUGGAUAGAUGAGAUUAAAAAGCUGAAAAAGGAUGCACCCUUUUAUGAUCAUUUGUAUUUUAAAGACGACGAGGUUUUAAUAACCAUGAUUAUGUCGUUGAAAGCCAAGGAACCUAAGGAACGACCGACUGCAGAGGAAGCUUUGGAGAAAAUGAAAGAAUCGAUAAAUGCACGUUUGCCAGUUACCGAAACUUACCCAAGCGAAGGGAAAAAUAUUUUGGUAAAGAAUGCAGGCGACCGGUGGUGGAAACGAUGCAACGCUGCUGAUUUUACCUUGUCCAGUUUAAAAGACCAGAUACGCAGUUGUACUGGUCUUAAACUCGAAAACGGAACAUUAAUUCAGAUCACUGACAUGUCUUUUACAGGAAGUGAUACACCACAGCAAGUUGAAGUUGAAAUAGAUAAUGACGUUCAAGUUGAAAAGAUGUUUCUAAGUGCCAAAAGACCAGGAAAAGAAAAAGCAAUCCGUAUCGUAGUGCAUGAAGUGCACGAAAAAAUGGACACGUCUAAUUAAUUCGCCUAUAGCUUAAACUUGCACGAGGAACAACAUUUUAACUUUAUAUAUAUACACGAACGAAAUUAGAACUAUUAAGAAGCACUUUUAUUACUUUAUAACAUAAUUCCACUUUAAAAUAAAUUAGGUUGAAGCAUACUGCUACAGCAUAAGUUUGAAUAAAGCAUCUGUUAUUGACUAUAAUCUUACUUAUUAUAUAUUAUUUGGGGAGUCACUCUGACCCCAAGAUUACUUUUAGAAGAGGGAAAUUUUUGAUCUUUUCGAAAGUGAUUGGACUGUAGUUGCAAUUCAUACUGUGCAAUUAUACAGAUACGCCUCUCACGAACAAAACUGGGCCUGAGCUUGGACAAAUCUGCCAUUUCGUUUGAGGAAUGUUUACAAAUGAUGCCGGAUGACGUACAUUCUAUCACAAUGCAUUGCGGUCGAAAAUCGUUGAAAAAGCAAAUUGACAUUUCUGAAGGGCAUGUACAGGAAUUUGAAUUCAUUAGGUGUUCAUGACUUUUUUCCCCAGUCAUUUAUGGUUAAUGCUCGCAAUAAUUAGACGUUUUAUGCAACUGCACUCUCAUGUUUUUAAUAAAUCCCAUACAUCAAAAUGUUCUUCGUACGGUCAUCGCAGUUCACUUUAGGCCGGUUUUGGUUAUGAGGUAAAUGGGAUCUUAUCUUCUAGUGCGAUUCCCUUCUUCUGACGCAUGUGAAGGAGUAGAAGAGGUAUGAAUGUUCUGAUUUUAUGUACCUUCAUCUGAACAUUCAUCAUUCAUUCACUCGUUCACAUCCAUCAGAAGAAGGAAAUCGCACUAGAAAUCGCAGCAAAAAUUUCCUUAAGUUCCAUUGUCGUUAACGUCAAUACACUAUCCUUAGAUGUGAAGAAUCAAACAACAAGAAACCAUCAAGUAAAUUACCAAAAGACAUUAAGACUCAACCUAAACCCUCAGAUAAACCUGACGAUGGCAAACCCCACACUCCACAUCUCUCUACCAAACUAAACAUCCUACACCCCAGCCACGGUAUAACUACCAAACCCCCUGAUGUGAACCUCUCCACCCACCUAUCAGCCCACCUUACCAAUAAAGACGCAUCCCAACCCAACACCCCGUCCAAAAAACCCUCGCAUCUUGGACUAGACCCGGAUGACCUGCCCCUCAGUCGUCUGGUGGGCACCUCAACUCCGGGAGAUAAUACCCCCGAUGGAAAAACCCCGAUGGAAACUAAGACCCCAGGUGUCAAAACUCCGCUAUCAAGCCCUGGUGAUGGCUUUGGUGACUUGUUGUCUACACCACUAUCUGGUGAUGCUCACAAGGUAAGUCCGUUUCAGCUUUAAUUAAAUGAUAUUUGAAAAAUACGCUGUCAACGUCAUCUGGCGACAUCGUUAACUGACAACAUUCGUCAUUAACAUUCGGCAAAACCUGCAAUCGGCCUGAUUAAUCGCAGCGUGUAACAAGAAUGGACCAUUCCCCAAUUAACCAAAAUUUUGAUCUCAACAAGUCUAGACAAAAUUCCAUCAUAGCUUGAAAGAGCAUCACAAAAUUAGUAAUAUUCCAACGUUUCGUGGCAAAAUGUUCUAAAAUGUGGAUAAUAUAGCCUUGCGAAGUUUGCAAUUUUCAGUCAUUUUGUAUUGCGCACAGAAGUGGUAACCAUUUCUCGUUUGUAAUCUAAAAUGACUGAAAAUUGCAAAUUUCGCAAGGCUAUAUUAUCCGCAUUUUACAACAUUUUGCAACGAAACUUUGGAAUAUUACUAAUUUUGUGAUGCUCUUUCAAGCUGUGAUGAAAUUUUUGUCUAGACUUGUUGAGAUCAAAAUUUGGGUUAAUUGGGGAAUGGUCCAUUGAUCAGGAUUGGCUGGAUAUUAACUCAUGUGAGGUUUCGGGUGCGCACUCGUCAAAGACAAAUGCCUUUCUCCUCUGAGUUCGUGGGUUUGAUUCUCGCUAUGGACUCAUGUGAAAAGAGUCAGUCAACGCUCUUGCGGAAAGUCGUGGGUUUUCUCCGAGUGCUCCGGUUUCCUCCCACAGGGAAAGUUGACAGGGUGGGUUAGAAUAAACACAGUUAGGAAAGUAAUAUCACAAUUGUUGUAAAGAUAAAAUAGUCUAGGCUAAGUGUGUAAUUAGGUAAGCGUAUAAUACUUGAUGUAAAGAGCAUUUGAUCAUAUUUACAUGUAAAUUUGCGCUAUAGAAAUGCUAAUCUUAUUCGUAACUCGAGAGUAUCAGAGUCGAUGAGAUCUGGCGGUGAAACAGGAGCGAGUGUUUUCACUGUCAUCACCCUUCAAUCUCUUUUGACCGAGGCUAAAGUGUAAAUAAGUUGUCACUAAUAUAUGAAAAUUGCUGUUUUUCUAGGGCUUGAGACGUGCUCAUGGUAAGUUCACUCAUCAUUUGGAAAUUUUCAUAAAAAUACUUGCUUUAUAUGUCUUCUUGCUGACUAACAAUUCAUAAUAAAGUACCUGUCGAAGACUGCAGAGCGCAGGCUGGCAGUGUUCGUGUUUAAAUAAAUUUUACGAUCAGAGAACGUUUCAGAACUUUAUUAUGAAUCCUGGUCGCGCAUCUAGCAUUUUUAAUAUAACAGUUCAUACUUUCACGCUUUGUAGUAUUUGCUCCGAAAGAACUGCGUAUCGAGUUGGAUCAUAACAAGUUUAAAUGUGAAUAUCAAGAUUGUGAUAAAUCCUUCCGUAAAGCAUCCUUACUCGACUCUCAUGUCAAGUACUAUCACAAUUCACCGCCGGACAACAAACGAAAACGCUCGUCAGGUAUGGUGAAAUUUAUACUGGAUAGUUCUAUCAGUUCUAAACUGUUCUCCCUAGAGGUCCAGUAAGAGUCAUCUCUUAUUGAUCCAGUGUUACUACAGGAGAAAACCUAAACUAAACUAACUUUAUUUAUACUAGAUAGCUUUAUCAGUUCUCAACUGUUCUUCCUAGAGAUCUUGUAAGGAUCAUCUCGUAUUGAUCCAGUGUCACUACAGGAGGAAACCUAAACUAAACUAACUUUAUUUAUACUGGAUAGCUCUAUCAGUUCUAAACUGUUCUCCCUAGAGGUCCAGUAAGGAUCAUCUGUUGUAUUCAUUUGUCAGUUAUAUCCUUCUUGUCAUUUUAGCGUCGUGGAGUGAAGAAGAUAUCUUUGAGUCAGGUCAGCCAAAGAGACGAACCAAGCGACAGUCGACAUCAGAUGUUUCUAUCGGUUCUGUUGGUGAUCUAUCAGUUGAAGCUCAGUCGCCUACUGCAUCAGGUAGAACCAUAGAUUACCGUAGAUAUUUAGUUUUUAAUGUUGCAAGUCCAGUGUAGGUGCUAUUCAACCAACUGUCAACCGUAUUAAUGUGCGCGCCCACGGCAAAUCUCUAAAAUACAUCAAAUUCUCCAACAUGAUUUUUUGUAGAUAUUCAUGUCGAAGUUGAACAUGAUCUAGAUGAUGAAGAUAUGGAUAUCUCGGAUCACAAGGGAGAAGAUGUCGUCAGGUGUUUAUGUGGAGUUUAUGAAGAUUCAGGAAUGAUGAUACAGGUAUGGUCCAGUGAGCUCGAUGUAUCUAUCUGGAGGAAGAACUCCUCCAGUCAUUUGGUUUAUAAGAGCUGUCGCUUAUUGGAGCUCUAGAGAGUAUAAACGCGCUCUAAUCUUUUCUUGUUGUUUAGUGUGAGCAAUGUUUUACUUGGCAACACAGUGAUUGUGUGAAUGUUGGUGAGGAACAAGUCCCCACGAAAUAUUUCUGUUAUGUCUGCAAGAAUCCACCAGGUAGGUCAGAUUCUGCGUUUCACUAAAGCAUAUUGUGCUCACUUCGUA